CGCCGUUGCAUCUAUCUACGACUCCAUUCAGCUGUGUUGCUCACUCAAGGCUACCCAAUUUCCUCGAGAGAAGCUAGACAGUCCACGAUUAUACGAAUAGUCUAUCGAUAGCUCAACACCACGUAAACGCAUCCUUUGUCGGUCUCUCCAAUACACCCUAGCAGAUUGCAAAAUGGCACAACAGCCCGAAACACCGCCGCUGCCACCUCGAAAUGAAUUCAUACACAACUCAGCGCUUGCAGGAGCAAUCAUUACUCCAUUAGCGAUGCUGCUGCCACCUAGAAAGGCCGACAUCCGAAUGUUCGUUCUGGUGGGAGCAUUCUCACUCUGCACAAACCAACUUGCCUACGAGUACACCGGCCAAUCUAUAUACGCACGAAUGGGAAGCCGCGUGGGCUCAAUAUUUGAUACCGGGCUACCAGAAGGCGCAAAGAGGACCCAACAGCUAUUGAAGGAACAGAGGGAGAGAGAGGCCGCGAAGAAAGCAUCCGAGUCGGAGGGUAAAAGCCGGCUCAAGGACAUCUGGAUGGGCGGCGAGGGAGAAGACUGGAAAGAGAAGAGGGCUGAGGAGCACAAGCAGAGCUUUCGAGAGGGCAAGGGCAUGAGCGAUAUCAUUUUUGACCAGAUUGCCGACGUGUGGAGCGGCAACUGGAGAGGCAAGGCGAACAAGGAUGAUUCUACUUUGGCCGAGUCGCAGAGCGAGAAGAAGAAAUAGUCUUGGGGUCUACAGCAUUUGGUUGGUGAUUUCGAUGCAAUGCAGCAUCUUUCCAUAAUGAUUUUGUACUAGUAGGGUGGCAUGAUUGUAUGAUAUGGAUAUGAAUAUGUAUGUACUGGAUAGGCACCGUGGCUCAGAUAUGACGACGAUGAGGGGUCUCAUUACUCAAAAGGUGUGAUGGGUGCGAUGGGUGCGAGGGACCAAAGCAGCUGCGUCACCGAAAGCCAUGAGGGGCAGUAGGAGGAGAAAAAAAUAAUUACUCAUCUCUUAUUGAGUAAAAAAGUGCAUUUGACAAGGGAAGAUAGGAUAGGACAGGGUAUUUGAAGCUUAAAAUAGGAAUGCCUACCUUUCAGCACCCCAAGCUUGAUAUCCAGCA